AUGUCCACCAUGGUGUAUGCCCGGGAAGAGAAGCUGGAAAAGCUCUCUCAAGAGGAGAUUAUCUCCAACACCAAACUGGUGAUCCAGGGUCUGGAAGCUCUUAAAAAUGAGCACAACUCAAUUCUCCACAGUCUCUUGGAGACAAUCAAGUGCCUGAAAAAAGACGAAGAGGCCAACCUGGUGCAUGAGAAGUCCAACUUGCUGCGCAAGUCAGUAGAAAUGAUUGAGCUUGGACUUGGUGAAGCACAGGUUAUGAUGGCCCUUUCCAACCAUCUAAAUGCGGUGGAGUCCGAGAAGCAGAAGCUGCGUGCGCAGGUGAGGAGGCUUUGCCAGGAGAACCAGUGGUUGCGGGAUGAGCUGGCCAACACCCAACAGAAGUUGCAAAAGAGCGAGCAGAGUGUCGCUCAGCUUGAGGAGGAGAAAAAACAUCUGGAGUUCAUGAACCAGCUAAAGAAAUAUGAUGAGGACGUCUCCCCCACUGAGGAAAAGGAUAGAGAAACGCCAAAGGACUCUUUGGAUGAUCUUUUCCCUAAUGACGAAGAGGAGCACGGCCAAGGAAUGCAACAUCAACAUAACAGUGCAGCAGUGGCCGCAGCCCAGCAAGGAGGCUACGAGAUCCCAGCUCGCCUCAGAACGCUGCACAAUCUGGUGAUCCAGUAUGCCUCACAAGGCAGGUACGAGGUUGCUGUGCCACUCUGCAAGCAAGCUUUGGAAGAUCUGGAGAAAACUUCUGGACAUGACCACCCUGAUGUGGCUACAAUGCUCAACAUCCUGGCUUUGGUUUAUAGGGAUCAGAAUAAAUACAAAGAAGCGGCACAUCUUCUCAAUGAUGCUCUGUCCAUCCGAGAGAAAACCUUGGGAAAAGACCACCCUGCUGUUGCGGCAACACUGAACAACUUGGCCGUGCUGUAUGGAAAGAGGGGGAAGUACAAGGAGGCUGAGCCUCUAUGCAAGAGGGCUCUAGAGAUCAGAGAGAAGGUACUGGGGAAAGACCAUCCAGAUGUGGCCAAACAGCUCAACAACUUGGCUCUGCUGUGUCAGAAUCAAGGCAAAUACGAGGAGGUGGAAUACUAUUACUGUCGUGCCUUGGAGAUUUACGAAUGUAGGCUGGGCCCGGAUGAUCCCAAUGUGGCCAAAACCAAGAAUAACCUGGCAUCCUGCUUUCUCAAACAAGGAAAAUACAAGGAGGCUGAGAUUCUGUACAAAGAAAUUCUGACUCGUGCCCAUGAGAAAGAGUUUGGAUCAGUGGAUGCUGAAAACAAACCUAUCUGGAUGCACGCUGAAGAAAGAGAGGAAAUGAGCAAGGGCAAACACAGGGAUAACACGCCUUAUGGAGAAUAUGGAGGCUGGUAUAAAGCCUGCAAAGUAAACAGUCCCACCGUGAACACCACAUUGAGGAACCUUGGGGCUCUUUACCGCCGUCAGGGCAAGCUUGAAGCUGCCGAAACCCUAGAGGAGUGCGCUGUGCGAUCUCGCAAGCAGGGAUUUGACCCCAUCCACCAGACACGUAUGGUGGAGAUCCUGAAGGAUGCUGAUGGCGAUAGGCGAAGGAGCAGAGAGAGCCUGAGCAGCGUCAAGUAUGAGAGUGGCUCGGAAACUGGCGAGGAAGUGAGUAUGGGCGUGGAAUGGAACGGGGAUGGCAGUGGAACCCUCCAACGCAGCGGCUCUCUGGGGAAACUGCGAGACGUCCUGCGUCGUAGCAGCGAACUGCUGGUUAAGAAAUUACAGGGCAACGGACCACCUGAACCUCGCAGCACCAACAUGAAACGAGCCGCUUCAUUGAACUACUUGAACAAGACGGGCGAUGAGGCGUUCCAGACUCGGGGAAGCAUUAAUUUGAGGGUGAGCCGAGGCCUGAGCUCCAGCACCAUGAAUCUCUACUCCGGAAACUGA